AUGCCGCAGGCGGUAUAUUCACCUUGGUCAUCUUUUCCGGAGCAACAACAGCAGCUGCCGGCAGCUGCAUACAGGCUCUCUGCUUUUCCUUCGGUUCCGAUCACCCUUCAGAGCAACGGUGGUGCUAUUCCUCCAUUUUCUCCAAAUGCUGCAGCGCCUGUGAACGCACCAGCACCAUAUAUUGGUCUCUGGGGCCGCCUAUCACAAUCCUGGCUAAACCGCUGGACGGUCCUCCUCUUUCUUGUCUUCGUCCGCCUCUACAUCGCCUCCAAAUCCCUCUCCUCCGACCUCGCCGUAGCAAAAGCCCAAGCACUCUCAGCAUGUUCCGGCGUAGAGGCUGGAGCGUCUGUCUUGGCUUCAUUACCACAUUACAUGGCGGAUGGGGUGAAUGAGUUGACUGCAAGUGCGAUUGAGAGUGCAGUUGGGGGGUUGGAGAGUGGGUUGCAGUUGAUGAUUACGGGGGUGGAGGAGACGUUGUUGUUUAUUGUGAAUUUGUACAAGGGGACGUAUUUUUGUCUGCUUGAGAUGGCGGUGGGGGGAAGUUUGAGUUCGGCUAUCAGUGCUGCUGAGGAUAUCGGUGAUUGGCUGAACAGUACGCUCGCAACCAUCGAAAGUGGGAUUGACUCUACUGUCGAUGGUCUGAACGAUGACCUGAACGGUAUCGCCAGCAGGAUCGAGACGGCGCUCAAUUUCUUCGACAUCAGCGUCGACAUACCGACCGUUGAUAUCCCCGAGUUAUCAGAGCUAAAGAACCUCUCCAUCCCCUCCGCCUACGACACCGAGCUCCAAAAACUUAACUCCUCCAUCCCCAGCCUCGAAGAAGUCAAGAACAAAACCGACGAAGUCAUCAAAAUCCCCUUCGAGGCCUUGAAAACUUUAAUAAGCAACGAACUCGGGAACUUCACCUUCAACCGCUCACUCAUGAGCGUUCCCGCCGCCGAAACACUGACUUUCUGUUCCGAUAACUCGGAUAUUGAUUCUUUCUUUGAGAAUUUGGCUGAAGCGGUGAAGAAAGCGGUCAACACCAUUAUCGCCAUUAUUCUCGUUUUGUCACUCCUCAUGAUCAUGCCAUCCGCAUUCUCCGAGUUUUGGGGGUGGAGGAAGUUGAGAAUGGAGUCGUUUGUGGCAGCGAGGGCUCUCCAGAUGAAUCAGCCGACGGACCCUAUCGAUAUGGUUUUGACGGCGUCACACCCGUACCAGGCUUUGCUUGGUGGGUAUUUCGCGACCAUGUUCGCAACGCAGAAGAACAAGAACAUGGCAAGGUGGUUCGUGUCGUACAUCACACAUCCGCCCAUGCUCUUUCUCUUGGCAUUUGGGCUUGCUGGACUCCUUGUUUGUGCCCUCCAGGCUACCGUUGUCGACGCCAUUCGGAAGGGUGCGCCUGAACUCGCCGCAGAUAUCAAUGGGUUUCAGACAUUGAUAGAGCAGAAGUUGCUCAAUAGCUCCGAGACCUGGGCAAACUCUACGAACGCGCAAAUCAACUCAACCCAGACAGAUUUGAACGACAAACUCUUCGGAUGGGUGGAGACAUCCACGACCGCCAUGAAUGACACCCUGAACACCUUCGUCGACGAGUUGACAACGGUCCUCAACGACACUUUCGGUGGUACAAUAUUGUACGACCCGAUCGAGGGUGUCAUUAACUGCCUCGUUCUGGUGAAGGUUGCGGGUAUCCAGACUGCGCUGACAUGGAUCCACGAUAAUGCUCAUGUCACCUUUCCGACUGUGCCGACGGAUCUGUUUGCGUUGAGUUCUACCAACAGUACGAGUAACUCCACGACCAGCGGUAACUCGAAGACAGCUACGAAUAGCACGACAAACUCCACCAAGUCAUCAUCAUCGUCACUGCUGGGGUCUUCCGCACAGACAUUAUUGACAGAUUCCACAGAUCAGCUUGCUGACAAGAUGUCAACUGUGUUGGAAGACCUGGCUGACAAAUGGGAGAAAUCCAUUAACUUUGAGGCAAAGGUGUCUGGUGUUCUUGUAGGCAUCUAUUCCGCAAUGAUGUUGGCGGCGAUGUUCUAUGGCCUCGUAGUAGCAGGAAGGAAGGGGAGUGAAGAGAGGGGUGGCUUUGUGGAGAGCAGCGAGAAGGUUGUUCCCGUACUCGAUAUGCGUGACAGCAUAGACGAUGGCAAGUCCAUUACGCGUGAAAAAUCCAUUGAAGCACCCAUGGCUGGUCCGAUGCUGGACUUCAAUUUCGGUCUUGACGACCUCAUAAACGAGAAGGACGAGAAGUCACAGACCGUGAAGGAGAAGGUUCGUGACUACACUUCAAAGAAGGCUAGAGAUCCCGUUUCGAGGUUUUCAGCGACAAAGAGUUUUAUCUCCAGAUUCAUGCGAAGGGAUUAG